AUGAUGAGGCGCGUUUUCAUUUGGUGCCUUUAUUUCAUAACUUUGUUUUUUCUGUGCAAGAAUGAAUUGGCUUACUGUUCUGCGAACAACAACCAAGGGAAGGAGAACUACCUGAACAGAACGAUUAACAUUUUAAACGCCGGAAAGAAUGUAGCCAAACGAUAUGGACACAGUCAGCUGAAGCCCGUGCACAUUCUGAGCGCCCUUGCGAAGAGCGACUACGGAUCCAACCUCCUGAAGGAAAACAGCGUCAAUGCCAGCAACCUGAAGCAGUACAUAGACACUGCCCUGGAGCAGACCCGGGCUGGAGCGCCACUGGAUAAUAAGAGCAAAAUCACCUACUCCGACGAAGUGAAGGAAGUGCUGGCCGAGGCGGAGGCACUGGCGAACAAGUACAAGAGCCAGAAGGUAGACGUGGAACACCUCCUCAGUGGUCUAAUGAACGAUGAGCUGGUUAACGAAAUAUUGAACGAAGUUUACCUGACCGACGAAGCGGUGAAGGGGAUCCUGAAAAGCAAGUUGGAAAAAACGAAGAAGGAUAAGGAUGGAAAGUCUGGAGGAUUGUACAUAGAACAGUUUGGAUCAAAUUUAAAUGAAAAAGUUCGAAAUGGAAAGUUGCAAGGAAUUUACGGAAGAGAUGAAGAAAUCAGAGCAGUGAUUGAGUCUCUGCUAAGAUACAAUAAGAACAGUCCCGUCCUGGUUGGACAACCCGGUACUGGUAAGACGACCAUUGUAGAAGGAUUAGUGUAUAGAAUAGAGAAAGGAGACGUCCCAAAGGAACUUAGAGGGUAUACAGUCAUCAGCUUAAAUUUUAGAAAGUUCACCUCAGGAACUUCCUACAGAGGAGAAUUUGAAACAAGGAUGAAAAAUAUUAUUAAGGAGUUGAAAAAUAAAAAAAAUAAAAUUAUCCUCUUUGUUGAUGAGAUACAUUUACUGUUGGGUGCUGGAAAAGCUGAAGGAGGAACAGACGCAGCGAAUUUAUUGAAGCCAGUUUUGUCCAAGGGGGAGAUCAAAUUAAUUGGAGCUACUACCGUGGCGGAGUACAGAAAAUUCAUAGAAAGCUGUUCCGCAUUUGAAAGAAGAUUUGAAAAAAUUUUGGUAGAACCCCCCUCAGUGGAAAACACCAUAAAAAUAUUAAGAUCGUUAAAAAGCAAAUAUGAAAGUUUCUACGGCAUACAUAUAACAGACAAAGCGUUAGUGGCCGCUGCGAAGGUAUCUGAUAGGUUUAUAAAGGACCGUUACUUACCCGAUAAAGCAAUUGAUCUGUUGAAUAAAGCUUGCUCGUUCUUGCAAGUACAGUUGUCUGGAAAGCCCCGUAUCAUUGAUGUGACGGAGAGGGAGAUCGAACGAUUGGCUUACGAAAUCAGUACACUCGAAAUGGACGUCGAUAAAGUCUCCAAAAGGAAAUACAACAAUCUUAUAAAAGAAUUUGAAAAUAAAAAAGAGCUACUAAAAACGUAUUACGAGGAGUACGUCGUUUCGGGAGAAAGAUUAAAGAGAAAAAAAGAAGCAGAGAAAAGAUUAAACGAAUUGAAGGAACUUGCACAGAAUUAUAUGAGUGCGAAUAAAGAACCCCCCAUUGAGUUGCAAAAUAGUCUGAAGGAUGCCCAGGAAAAAUACAUGGAAGUGUAUAAGGAAACACUUGCUUACGUGGAAGCCAAAACGCAUAACGCUAUGAACGUAGAUGCAGUGUAUCAGGAGCAUGUGUCCUACAUUUAUUUGAGAGAUUCGGGUAUGCCAUUAGGUUCCCUCUCCUUCGAAUCGUCCAAAGGGGCACUCAAACUGUACAACAGUUUAUCCAAGUCGAUUAUUGGAAAUGAGGAUAUUAUAAAAUCGCUAAGUGAUGCAGUCGUUAAAGCGGCAACUGGUAUGAAAGAUCCGGAGAAACCCAUUGGAACGUUCUUAUUCUUGGGACCUACUGGUGUGGGUAAAACGGAGUUAGCCAAAACGUUAGCCAUUGAACUGUUCAGCUCGAAGGAUAAUCUGAUCAGAGUGAACAUGUCUGAAUUUACGGAAGCACACUCAGUGUCGAAGAUCACUGGUAGUCCACCAGGUUACGUAGGAUUCAGUGACUCUGGUCAGCUAACCGAAGCAGUGAGAGAGAGACCCCACUCCGUUGUUCUUUUCGAUGAGUUGGAGAAAGCUCAUCCAGAUGUCUUUAAAGUGUUGUUACAAAUUUUAGGAGAUGGAUACAUCAACGAUAAUCACAGAAGGAACAUUGAUUUUUCAAACACCAUUAUUAUUAUGACCUCCAACCUUGGUGCAGAACUAUUUAAGAAAAAAUUAUUCUUUGAUGCGAACAAUUCAGACACACCAGAAUAUAAGAGAGUUUUUGAUGACCUCAGAAUCCAGCUCAUCAAAAAAUGUAAAAAAGUCUUUAAGCCUGAAUUUGUUAACAGAAUUGACAAAAUAGGAAUUUUCGAACCUUUGAGCAAAAAGAAUCUACGUGAAAUUGUAAAGUUGAGAUUUAAAAAGUUGGAAAAACGUUUAGAGGAGAAGAAUAUUCACGUAUCCGUAUCGGAGAAGGCCGUAGACUACAUCAUCGAUCAGUCGUACGAUCCUGAGUUAGGAGCAAGACCAACUCUCAUUUUCAUUGAAAGUGUUAUCAUGACCAAAUUUGCCAUCAUGUAUUUGAAAAAGGAACUGGUAGACGACAUGGAUGUGCACGUCGAUUUUAACAAGGCCGCCAACAAUUUGGUCAUCAACCUUUCCGCGGUGUAG